GAGAGGGAGGUAACGGUCUUUAAAAAGGCAUUAGUCUGAGUGUUUUACCUAUAGAAUGUACUCCAGCUCCACAGUGUUGACAGACGAGCUGCUGAGCGAGGAAGAAGAGAAGAUGACGGCUGCUGUGGAAGAGGAACACAGGAACGUGCUGGAUACUGUAAGAAGGUGUUACCUGUUCCUGUACCACGUGAUCCAGUUCCUGGGCUUCACCUGGACCUUCAGCCUCCUCACCGCUAAUCUCAUACUGCUGGGACACGAUGUUCUGUACAGUGCGUUCAGCUCCUGUGCUGCAGUGCUGUACAGCUGUCAGGUGCUGGCUGUGCUGGAGGUGAUGAAUGCAGCUCUCGGUCUUGUGAAUACUCCUGUUCUUCCUGCACUGAUCCAGAUGUCUGGGAGAAAUACGGUGUUGUUUGUGGUGUUGGGGAGUUUGCCGGAGAUGCAGGAGCGCACUGUGACGUUCUGUGUUUUGUACCUGUGGAGCAGCAUGGAGAUGUUCAGGCACCCUGUUGAGAUGUUGGCGGUUGUGGGUGCAGAGUGGCGGGUGCUGACGUGGCUGUGGAACGCCACCUGGGUGCUGCUGUAUCCACUCAGCACUGUGGCAGAAGGUGCUGCAGUACUCCAGGCUCUGCCACUGUUUGAUGAGACGAGGCUCUACAGUGUUGCUCUCCCAGAGAGCGUCGGUUUCUCCAUCAGCUUCUCCUUCUCCCUCAGACUCUACCUCAUCCUCCUGUUCCUGGGUCUCUUCAUUAAUAUGAAGCAUCUCCUCGGGCUGAGGCGAGGAGGUUUACGGCUGAAGUGCGACUGAGGUUAACCUCAUUCCCCGGUUUUGGUCUUGCUGUUUCCGCCUCAGGUUUCUUAUGAUAGUAGCACUGUGAUGAACUGAGCUGCAGUAGGAACAGGUUCAUGUGAGCGGCAUCAAUGUCUGUUCAGGUCUAUUGUAUUACUGAAAUGAACUGUUACAGAUGAGGUAUAUAGCAUUAUGACUGACCAUUUCAUUUCACAGUGACAUUAAAAGAUGGGUUGUUUAAGGA